ACAUUUUUCGGUCCGGUUAAAUUAAAUUAUUGUCUGCUUCUUCUUAUUUCUACAUUCAUGGCAACUAAUCCUCAUUCCAAAAUCAUACUUCAAAAGCAUUUAAAAGAAAUGCUUAAAAAUCCAGAACCUGGGUUUUCAGUUGGUUUAGACAAUGAUGAUAACAUUUAUUUAUGGAACGUUAUGAUAGUUGGACCACCUGAUACUUUAUAUGAAGGCGGAUUUUUUAAAGCUCAAUUGCAAUUCCCAACAGAAUAUCCUAUGAAACCCCCUAAGAUGAAAUUUCUAUGUGAAAUGUGGCAUCCAAAUGUUUCUAAAGAUGGAGAUGUAUGUAUUUCAAUAUUACAUGAGCCUGGGGAGGAUUCGUACGGUUAUGAGAAAGCAAGUGAACGGUGGCUUCCAGUUCAUUCAGUAGAAUCAAUACUUCACAGUGUCAUUUCACUUUUAGCAGAUCCUAAUACUGAAUCUCCAGCAAAUGUAGAUGCAGCUAAAGAUUUUCGCGACAAUUUUUUAGAAUUUAAAAAACGUGUAAAGGAGUGCGUCCGUAAAAGUCAAGAAUGCAUAGACUAAAAUCGUAACGUUUACAUAUCGAAUCACGAUAGUGCUAGCAAUAAUGUCGAUAAAAUAUGUUUAAAUUAAUAAACACAUACCAUUUUAUUUUUAAUCCAUUUUGGACCUCCCUUUCCGAUACACUAAAUUCAAAAGGAUUGUCUUCAAGUGAUAUUAAUAAAGAUACAUUUUAACUAACAAUUUACUUAAACUAUCGCGAUAUUUUAUUUACAACUAUAACAAUUAGAAUUUAAAACGAUUCAAACUAAUGAUUUUUAACAAAAAAUUUUUUAAAAUCUAUCUUGUCAUCUAGGCAAUAUUUAGUGCUCUUUAUGAUGAUAAAUAAAUCCCGAUUAGAUUUAUUAUUGUACCCAUUAAAUUUUACAUAAAAUUAUAUGGAUACUCUUCCCAUAAUCGUUUAUAAAAAAUUUACAUUAUUAAAUAUAAUGAGAGUAUUAUGUUUUUUCCAAUUUUAUUUAUUUUGAAAUGCAUACACCCAAUAAAGUUUUGUCUUGGUGAAGAAAUUUAA